AUGGCGGCGUUUGCCCGGAGAGUUAGCAAACUCCUCCGUUUAUCCCCAUGCGCUCGAAUUCAAAUCCUCUCGGACCUACACCUCGAAGUCGGACAGCAGUACUCGUCCUAUUCGUUUCCCGCAUCCGCGCCACUUCUCCUCUUGGGCGGUGAUGUCGGGCGCCUGGCCGACUAUGACGGAUACCUGCGAUUCCUCGAGGCGCAAACCUGUCGAUAUCAGAAGGUGUUCUUAGUGCUGGGGAAUCACGAGUUCUACGGUUUGGACUACGACUCUGGAGUCAGUGAGGCACGUCGUCUCUCGGGGGAGUCCUCGCUUUCCAACCGGCUUGUUCUCCUCCACGAGACCCGGUGGGACGAUCCCGAUUCUCCGCUGACGAUCCUUGGCUGCACGCUCUGGUCGGCGAUCCCCGAGACAGCACACCUCGUGGUCGAGUCCAAGGUCGCCGACUUCAAAAAGAUCAGCGAUUGGAGCGUGCAGAGACACAACCAGCUCCACGCCGAGGAAGCUGCAUGGCUCCGCCAGCAAGUCGAGCAGAUGGAACGGCAGGGCGGCAAUCCUGCGAGACGACUCCUUGUUGCGACACACCAUGCGCCCUGCACCGAGGGAACGUCUCGGCCAGAGCAUUCCAGAAAUCCCUGGACGUCUGCGUUUGCGACUGACCUACUGGAUCACGGAGAUUGGACAGGUGUCAAGACGUGGGUGUUCGGCCACACGCAUUAUUCGGUGGAUUUCGUAAAGAACGACAUCAGGCUUGUCGCCAAUCAGCGGGGUUACGUGCUACCAGGCAGCAUCGUGGUCCAGGGGAAUCGGGGCAAUUCGACCAAGAGGGCGGCUAAUGAAUUUGAUGAUUCAUUCACAAUCAAGAUGUAG